GUGUGCUCACAUCCACAUGUGUGUGCUUCUUCACAUAGCUAGGGUUUGUUAGCUAGGUCUAUAAAACAUCGCCAUUGCUGCUCAGCUAGCAGCCACGAAGACAAAGUCAGAGGUCACACAGCUCAUCGUCUCGAGCUACCUAGCUGGAAGAAGAAGAGGAAGAAGAGGAGGAGGAGCUCGUCGGAGUUUAGUUGGUGAGUUCGCCGGAGAGAUCGAUCAUGGAGAAUCUGAAGGCGACGGAGCUGAGGCUCGGGCUGCCGGGGACGGAGGAGGAGGCGGCGCCGCCGCCGUCGACGCCCAGGGCCGGAAGCAAGCGCGCCCUCGCCGGCGAGCCUGAUCAGGCCAAGAUCAAGCCCGCCGCCGCCGCCAAGGCGCAGGUGGUGGGAUGGCCGCCGGUGAGGUCGUACAGGAAGAGCUGCCUCCAGCCGACGACGACGACGACGAAGAGCAAGCCGCCGCCGGCUGCCGCGGCGGCGGAGACGCAGCAGAAGGAGGAUGUCGCCGGCGCCGGUGGGCUGUUCGUGAAGGUGAGCAUGGACGGAGCUCCAUACCUGAGGAAGAUAGACCUCAAGGUGUACAAGGGCUACCGGGAGCUUCGCGAGGCACUGGAGGCCAUGUUCCUCUGCUUCUCCGGCGGCGCCGCCGCCGACGCCGCCGUCAACCCGUCCGACUUCGCCGUCACCUACGAGGACAAGGACGGCGACCUCAUGCUCGUCGGCGACGUCCCAUUCGAGAUGUUCAUUAGUACGUGCAAGAGGUUGAGGAUCAUGAAGGGGUCUGAAGCAAGAGGCCUAGGAGCAACAAGGGGUUAAAAACUGAACAACAACAAGAAGAAAUCAUCAUCAUGUGUGCAUGAGCAAUUCUUUUGUUCUUUUUGGGUUCUCCAAGACAUGCAAUCAUCUCAUCUCCUCAUUGCAACCUUCAAGAAAGAGAGAGAGAGAAAGAAAAGGAAAGCAAAAAAAAAAAAGAUGCAGUGAAAAAAAUAUGUGAAGCUUAAUUGGAGUCAUCAGAUUGCAAAGCAUGCAUGCAUGUGUGGAUGUGUGGCUUUAAUUUGUUUUUUUCCUCUUAAUUAGGUGUUAGAAAACACAGAAGGAAUGGAGGUUCGAGUUGAGCCUCCAUGUGUGUUUGUACAAAGCAAACAUCUUUUUUCUUUUACAUGAAUGGUUGAUUACUUUUGUAACUGGAGGGAAGAAGAAUGCAUGUAUGCAUGGGCUGUGUGUACUUCUCCCUCUGGCUUCAAUGCUUUGAUUUCCAUCCAGAUUAUCAUCAAUUUGCAAGAACGGCAGAAAAUUACUUCUGCAUCGUUCAUUAUGGUUAA